AACAACUCUCGCUCUUCCAUUUCCCUGCUCUCAUCCUCAAUUCCUCAUCAUGUAUCCCUCCAAGCAAGAGCCCUACUACGAUGCCCCGCCGCCGCCGACUACCAACCCCUACUACAGCGUCCCACCGCCGUCGACAGGCGUCCCGGUGACCGCCCCACCGGGCACUUUCCAAGUCCAAGGUCAUCAUCAGCCGACGAUCGGUCCGUGGUCCACCGGCCUCUGCGACUGCUGCGCCAACCCCAGCAACUGCUGCAUCACCUGCCUCUGCCCCUGCGUCACGUUCGGCCAAAUCGCCGAGAUCGUCGACAGAGGAUCCACCUCGUGCGGGGCGAGUGGCGCGUUGUACGCGCUGCUAAUGUUCCUGACGGGCUGCUCCUGCUUGUACUCCUGCUGCUACCGCAGCAAGCUGCGAGCGCAGUUCGGGCUGCGCGAGGCUCCCUGCAACGACUGCCUCGUCCACUGCUGCUGCUGCGAGUGCUGCUCUCUCUGCCAGAUGUACCGCGAGCUCAGCCGCCGCGGCUUCGACAUGAGCAUAGGUUGGCAUGGGAACAUGGAAAGGCAGGGGCACAUGGCGACCAUGCCACCGCCGGCCCAAGGCAUGACCCGCUGAAUGUGUCGGUGUGGAGCUUAGUGCUUGCUUGUUAGUUUCACUUUGCUACGUCUCCUUCCUUCUGUGUCCAGGGGUACCGAGUGGCAUCAAUAAUACACUAGUCGAUUAUCAAUUGGCAUGGUUGGUAAUUGAGAUGCAUUUGUUAGUUAGGGGAUGUAAAGCGCGUCUCGUAUUUUUAUUAUCGUUAAAAAUGAUGUUAUAUAUAUUA